AUGGCCAGCCCAAAGACCGUUCCGAUCUCUGCGCUGCCGCUGCCCCCUCCGAGCCAUAUCCUCACCCGGAACCUCACACCGGAUCCGGAGACCCCGUCGCCCACCGAGUUUCGCAAGGUGCUCAGGGAGGGCCCUAGCGUCCAGCGGCGGUCUCACCUGCUCGCGAACGACGCGCACUUCUCGUACGUCACCCCCUCCCCGCUGCAGUUCCCGUUCCGCAUCGAGCCGCCGGAGGACGGAAGUCCCGUGGUCGACAAGGUCGCCUACGUCGAGCAAUGGCUGCUCAACGGUGUGCUGAAGAAGUAUUAUGCCGAGAAGAGGACGAACCGCGAGUCCGCGCUCAAGGAUUGCCUGCCGCGUCUUGAUGUCGGAGACGCUUUCAGCACGCUGGGGACACCAUCGCUGUCCAACGCUUAUGGUGACGAUGGUAAACCGGAGCCUGCAUCUGAGGAGGCAGUCGCGGCGCGCCAAGAACUCAUUGAUUGGGUGCCGUGGUCUCUGAGAUAUAGCGGGCACCAGUUUGGCACGUUCGCAGGCCAGUUGGGUGACGGCCGAGCCAUCUCCAUCCUGUCCACCCCGCACCCGUCCGACCCAGACACGCCCUACGAGGUGCAGCUCAAAGGCGCAGGACGGACGCCCUUCUCGCGCUUCGCCGACGGCCUCGCCCUCCCCGCGCUCCCCGUGCAGCGCGAGCGCCGCGAGACCGCGUGCGUCCUCGCGCGGCUCGCGCCGUCGUUCAUCAGGAUCGGCUCGUUCGAGGCGCUGAGCCCGCCGCAGUCGGGGAUCGGGGUGUCGCAGCAGGACCCAAACUGGGAGGCGCUGAGGCUGUUGGGGGAGUGGGUGGGGAAGAGGGUAUUGAAGCUGGAGGGGGUGCGGUGGGGAGGGGAGGGGGAGGAUAGUAAGUGGGGAGAGAAGUUGGUGCUGGAGAGCGCGAGGAGGAAUGGGAAGAUGGUUGCGGGAUGGCAGGCAUAUGGGUUCAUGCAUGGAGUGAUUAAUACCGACAACGUGUCCAUCCUAGGACUAACGAUUGACUACGGCCCUUACGCGUUCAUGGACGUAUUCGACGCAUGGCACAUCUGCAAUCACGACGACGGCGAGGGCCGAUACGGCUACAAGUGGCAGCCCAACGCGAUUGUAUUCGCCCUCCGCUCCCUGGUGACCGCACUCGCUCCUCUAAUCGGCGCGGAAGCCGAGCUCGGGCACGCCGUCUCCCCGAACUGGGCCAACGAAGCCAAGAUCGACGAGUGGCGCAAGAAGGGCACGGAACUCGAAGCGUGCGCACAAGAAUACGGCAGGCUGAUACACAAGCGCCUCGGCCUGCGCCGACACGACCCCGCCGACGAGGCAGAGCUCAGCCGGCCCCUCCUCGACAUCCUCUCCGAGCACAAGCUCGACUUCCACGGGACGUUCCGCGCGCUCGGCGCGUUCCGCCCGUCCGCGGGCGACGCCGCGCGCAACCUCCUCGUCGACCGCCUCCUCGCCCUCUGCGGCACGCCGCACAACCUCGACAUGGCCAAGGCCGUCGAGGACUGGCGCGCGUGGCUGGGGAAGUACGCGGCGCGGAUCGAGAGCGAGCGGGGCGAGUGGGGCGGGGAGGCGGACGGGGAGAGGAGGCGGGAGAUGAGGGCCGCGAACCCGAGGUUCGUGCUGAGGCAGUGGGUGCUUGAGGAGGUCAUCAAGAACGUGGAGCGGGAUGUGGACAGCGGCAAGAGGCUGCUGGCGAAGGUGCUGCAGAUGGCGUGCAACCCGUUCGAGCCUUGGGGCGCCGAAGAUCACGACGACGACGACUCAACGUUGGACGCCGAGGCCAAGGAAGAACGCAGGUUCUGCAGCCUCGGCGACAUGAACUACCUCGGAUACCAAUGCAGCUGUUCAAGCUAG